CCCGUAGAUUCAUGAAAAGUAAAUUGUGUCUGCUGAAUUUCUCAAGUUUUUGAGGAGAUCUUGGCUAGAGUGUACAGAAGGGAACCUGCAGGUGUAUUUGGACUUCCAGAAAAUGUUUGACUGGGUGCCUCACAAAAGAUUACAUCUCAACAAUCCAUGGUGAUGGAACUAAUAGAUUGGAGUGGAAGGAGGAUUGGCUAUCACUCGUGAAACAGCAAGUAGGAAUAAGUCUAUGAUUAGUAGUCUUUCAGGGAGAUAGAGUGGAUACGGAGAGGAUAUUUCCAAUACCGAGAGAGUCCAGAACUAGAGAGCACAGCCUUUGAAUAGAAGGACAUCCCUUUAAAACAGCAGUGAGGAGGAAUUUCUUUAGCCUGCGGGUGGUCAAUCUGGAAUUCAUUGGCUCAGAUGGGUGUGGAGGCAAAGUAAUUAGGUAUAUUUAAAGUGGAGGUUGAUAAGUUCUUCAUGAGUAAGAGUAUCAAAGGGUAUGAGGAGAAUGGGGUUGAGAGGAAUAGUAAGUCAGCCAUAAUCGAAUGGUGGAGCAGAGUCAAUGGGCUGAAUAGCUCAAUUGUGCUCUUAUGCCUUAUGAUCUUAUGGACAGGGUCAGUGCUGGGUCUGCAACCAUUUACAAAAGAAACUAUAAAUAGGAGGAAGGGAGUAAAUAUGAGGGAGCAUAUUUGCAGGUGGUACAAAGUAGAUGGAAAGGUUAAGUUGCACAGGAGAUGCAAAUAGUUUAUGGAGAGAGUUUCAAAGGCUACGCACACAUAUGGUCAAAGUUGCAUUGAUCUAGGGUCUAAAGAGAAGCAAGCUCAUCUUCACUGUUACAAGUAUGGGAAAGGAUUCGUUCAUCAUGCCUGAUGCUACACCGAUGAGUUUAGAGUGGAGAGAGGACAUUCGCCUGUUUUGAAUGUGGAAAGAAAUUCAUUCUUAUUGAACUUGGUGAGAUACCAAUGAGUUCAUACCUGGGACAGACCAUCUGGCUGCUCUGAGUGUGGAAGGAGUUUUACUCGGUCAUUCAAACUGAUGGCACACCAGCGAGUUCAUACUGAGGUGAGGUCGUUCAUCUGCUCUACAUGUGGGAAGAGGUUCGCUCGGUCAUCCAGCCUAAUGGUACAUCAGCGAAUUCACACUGGAGAAAGGCCUUUCACCUGCUCCGAGUGUGGGAAAGGAUUUACUCAUUCAUCCAGCCUGAACUUACACAGGAAAAGGCACACUGGAGACAGGCCGUUUAGCUGCUCUGAAUGCGGGAAGAGGUUCAUUAAUUCAUCCAGCCUCCUGAGACACCAGCAAGUUCACACUGGGGAGAGGCCAUUCUCCUGCUCUGAAUGUGGGAAGAGAUUCACUCAGUCAUCUGAGCUGUUCUUACACCAGCGAAUUCACACUGGGGAGAGGCCAUUCUCAUGCUCCGAAUGUGGGAAGAAAUUUGUUCAGUCAUCCAGUCUGCAGGCACACCAGCGAAUCCACACUGGGGAGAGGCCCUUUGCCUGUAUUGAGUGUGGAAAGAAAUUCACUCGGUCAUCCAAUCUGCAAUUACACCAGCAAAUUCACACCGGGGAGAGGACGUUCAUCUGUUCUGAAUGUGGGAAGGGGUUCACUCGGUCAUCUGAACUGCUUCUACACCAAGGAGUUCACACUGGGGAGAAGCCGUUUAACUGUUCCAAAUGUGGGAAAGGAUUCACCCGGUCGUCUGAGCUGCUUUUACAUCAGCGGAUUCACACCGGGGAGAGGCCGUUCACUUGCUCUGAAUGUGGGAAGGGAUUCACUCGGUCUUCUGAGCUGCUCUUACACCGAAGGGUUCACACCGGGGAGAGGCCGUUCACAUGCACCGAGUGUGGGCAGAGCUUUGCUCGGUCAUCCAGCAUGAGGAGACACCAGAGAAGUCACACUGGAGAGAGGCCCUUCAUCUGCAAUGACUGUGGGCAGAGGUUCAUGCGGUCAUCCAGUCUGCAGACACACCAGCGAAUCCACACUGGAGAGAGGCCCUUUGCCUGCGCUGAAUGCGGGAAAAGAUUCACUCAGUCAUCCAACCUGCAGUCACACCAGCGAAUCCACAAUGGGGAGAGGACAUUCAUCUGCCCUGAGUGUGGAAAGAGGUUCACUCGGUCAUCUGAGCUGUGCUUACACCAGCGAACACACACCGGGGAGAGGCCAUUCACCUGCUCUGAGUGUGGGAAGGGGUUCACUCGGUCGUCUGAGCUGCUCUUACACCAGAGGACUCACACUGGAGAGAAGCCCUUCAGGUGCACCAAGUGUGGGAAGAGAUUCACUCAGUCAUCCAACCUGCGGACACACCAGCGAAUUCACGAUGCGGAGAGGUCCUUCAUCUGCUCUGUAUGUGGGGAGGGAUUCACCCAGUCAUCCGAGCUGCUUUUGCACCAGCAAAUUCACACUGGAGAGAGACCCUUCACCUGCUCAGUAUGUGGGGAGGGAUUCACCCAGUCAUCCGAACUGCUUUUGCAUCAGCGGGUUCACAGUGAAGGGGGCCCAUUCACAUGCACCAAGUGUGGGCAAAGAUUCGUGCAGUCAUCCGGCCUGCGGAUGCACCAGCAAGUUCAUACUGGGGAAAGGCCCUUCACCUGCACCAAGUGUGGCAAGGGAUUCAUUCGGUCGUCCCACCUGCAGACACAUCAGCGAAUACACACUGGUGAGAGGCCGUUCAUUUGCACUGAGUGUGGGAAGAGAUUCACUCAGUCAUCCACCCUGCGGACACAUCAGCAGAUUCACAAAGGGGAGAGGUCCUUCACCUGCUCCGAGUGUGGAAAGCGAUUCACUCGGUCAUCCAGUCUGCGGACACACCAGCAAAUUCACACUGGGGAGAAACCUUUUGUUUGCUUGGAGUGUGGAAGGAGAUUCAUUCAGUUAUCCAACCUGCGAACCCACCAACGAAUUCACACCGGGGAGAAGCCAUUCAUCUGUGCCGUGUGUGGAAAGGGAUUUACUCGGUCAUCCCACCUACAGAAACACCAGUGCAAAAACACUGAGGGGAAAAAUGACGUGUGCUGAAUUUUCAGUAUUCAGAGUCAAAGUAAAUUUAUUAUCAAGGUACAUUUAUGUCACCAUUUACUACCUUGAGAUUAAUUUUGUUGCAGGCACUUACAGGAAAAUAAAGAAAUAUAACAGAAUUUAUGAAAAAGCUAUACAUAAAUAAUGGCUAACAAACAACCAAUGUGCAAAAGACAAAUUGUGCAAAUAAAAAAUAAUGUUGAAAAAUUGACUUGUAAAGAGUCUUUGAGAACAAGUCUGUAGGUUGUCGAAUUAAUUCAGAGUUGAGAUGAGUGAAGUUAUCCACAACAGUUCAGAAACCUGAUAGUUGAGGGGUAAUCAUAACUGUUCCUGAACCUGCUGGUGUCGGAUCCAAGGCUCCUGUACGUCUUUCUCAAUGGAAGUAGUGAGAAGAGAGCAUAGCCUGGAUAGUGGGGGAAUGCUGCUUUCUUGAGGCAGUGCUUCAGGUAGAUGUGCUCAAUGGUGGGGAGGACGUUGCCAGUGUUGGACAGAGCUGUAUACACCACAUCAGUACUGCUGGAAGCAAUGUAAGUUCCCAGAUAGCUGCAGGUGUAAGAUUAUGUCACUAUUGCUGUUGCUCAUCUCUCCUUGGAUUAAACACCAGACAUUUGGUACAGGUGUUUUAUUUUGUUGAUUUACUGGGCUGGAGUUUAAUAUUCUGGA